AUGGCUUCCCUCUCCUACGUCCUCACGGUGGCCGUCCUGGCGGCGCUGGUCACCGGCGGCGCGUGCAUCGGCAAGGUGCCGCCGGGCGCCAACAUCACGACCAAAUACGAAACCAAGUGGCUCACCGCCAAGGCCACCUGGUACGGCAAGCCCACGGGCGCAGGACCCAAAGACAACGGAGGCGCGUGCGGGAUCAAGGACGUGAACCUGCCUCCCUACCUUGGCAUGACGGCCUGCGGCAACGUCCCCAUCUUCAAGGACGGCAAGGGAUGCGGCUCUUGCUACGAGGUCAAGUGUAAGAAGCCAGAGCCGUGCGCCGACAAGCCGAUCACGGUCUUCAUCACGGACAAGAACUACGAGCCCAUCGCGCCCUACCACUUCGACCUCUCCGGCCAUGCCUUCGGCCUCAUGGCGAAGCCCGGGAAGGACCAGGCGCUCCGCUCUGUCGGGGAGCUCGAGCUGGAGUUCAGGAGGGUGCGCUGCAAGUACCCGCCCGGCACCAAGAUCACUUUCCACGUCGAGAAGGGCUCCAACCCCAACUACCUCGCCGUGCUCGUCAAGUUCGUCUCCGAUGACGGCGACAUUGUCCAGGUGGACAUCCAGGACAAGCAGUCUCCGGCAUGGAAACCCAUGACAGAGUCCUGGGGCGCCGUCUGGAGGUGGGACGGAGUGCAGCCGCUCAAGGGCCCCAUCUCCCUCCGCCUCACCAGCGAGUCCGGCAAGAAGCUCACCGCCACUGACGUCAUCCCGGCAACCUGGAAGGCCGACACCGUCUACCCGUCAAAAGUCCAGUUCUAG